AUGUGCUACAGACUGCGCCCUGAUCUGCCGACUAGAAUUGGAGACGAAACAACAGCGUAGUAUCUUUUAGAUCAACGCUGCAGAUAUGGCGCAUGGGCCAUGAUAUGUCUCCAUGCCCGAGUGGUACUUCAGUUCAGGGACAGAAGGUGUGGAUGGAUUAUCACAGAUUUCCGCAACUCCGUAAAGGGGGGCAAAAGCGGAAGAUUGGGCCGCCAGGCAGAUUCUAUAAUCUGACCGAUGGCUUCGCCAUUGAUAGUUGGAAACUCCUCCGAAAUCAGCCAUCAUUGAGGCUUCAGCAGAGUAGUGCGUUCUCCGAAGUCUCUGGCGCUUCCCUUCUCUCUGUAGCCAGUAUGCCAGCCCAGCAAAUAAUUGAGGGACGCUAUGUCGACCGAAGGAAGUUAUUGCUCCUCCUUCAGAAACGUUUCCCAGCAAGAAAUUACGCCGUCAGGCUGCAACUGAACUGCUGGAUUUUGACGGUCCCUCAAUCCCUCACUGAGGAGGAUAUCAACCACUGCUGUAUCGAGUGAGGAUCCUAGAAUAUGCGAGGAAGCCCUCUGGAAUUACCGUCCCAAACCUCUGUUCGUUGUUCGUGGUUGCGGGUCUGGACUUGGAGACGGAGGCGCCCAUUGUCAGAGAAAAUUUGGCUCCUCGCUUGAAACUCACAGCAUGGAGUGUGCGGUCAUUUUAAUACGUUGCAUUGGGAUCCGGAUGUAUUUCAACGAACACAGUCUCCAAACUCAAUAGAUAAACCAUAAGGCCUACUGGCCCCACUCGCGCAAUAUCUCCAGGAAGAUUAAUGGGUUGAUCUUCCUCAAUUUUCGACUCUAAACUGGGAGCCUACAGCACCAGAUCAUUUCAAGAAUUCAAGAACCCUGUCGUGAAGCCGUGGAAAUUUUUAUACACUGUUCAAAUAUUGCUUUACUCUCGCGAAACAGUAUCACAACAUCAAU